UCUGAAAACGGUUCAUGCUAUUUCUUUUAGAACGGCUUCUGCAUUGGAAAUGCCAAUCGAAACGGCACUUGUUACACUCGUAAGACGCAUUUUAUCCCUUUACUUUCGGCAGCUAAUAUUAUGUUUCAUUUUUAGAGGGAGAGUGUGAGGCCAGAGAUGGAACAUCCGUUGGCAGUUGUGCCAAUGGAUUUGGAGUUUGCUGUGCCUUUUCUUUGAGCUGUGGGCAAUCAGCAUCGGAAAAUUGCACUUAUUUGGUUCAACCCUCUGGUAGCAUGGUAGCCAACCCUUGUACGUAUACGGUGUGUCCAUCCAACAACAACAUCUGCAGAAUCCGAUUUGAUUUUACGACCUUCAACAUAAAUGGCCCGGUUACUGGGUUGGUAAUUACCGACGUUCCAGCGAUAACAACAACAGGCGGUGCUAUCGGUGAUUGCACGACUGACAUGUUUACACUGACUUCCCCGGGAAAUUUCGCUCCACCUAUCAUUUGCGGAUUCAAUAGUGGACAACAUAUGAUCGUGGAUGCGUCACGGAAUAUGUGUAACGAAGCUCAAUUUAGUCUGUCUGGAUCGGGAACUCGAGAAUGGGACAUAAAAGUGACCCAAUACAACUGUGGUGAUGAGCAAGGAGGGCCGGACGGGUGUUUACAAUACUUUACGGGCACCACAGGAACUGUGGCCAGUUUCAACUUCCUUACCACAUCACCGACUGUGGAACCUACAACCACACAUCUGUCAAGUCAAAUACAAACCAUGUGCUGGAGACAGGAAAUGGAUACAUGCGCUAUUUGUUGGAUUCCAGUUGUGUUGGGAUCAAACACGAUAACGGGCUCGUUCGGAGUAAGUACCAGCGUGAGAAGACAACCACGAGGUGAGAGAGAUGGACAGUGCAGCACAGACUAUCUUCUGAUCCCUAAUGCGCAAUCCAACGUGCCAACCGAUCCAGCCGAUACGUUCACCAUUGGAAGUAUUGGAAGCGAUGUAAUGUUGAGCGAUCGUAUUUGCGGCCGUUUCUUUAGUUCGGCCGCAGCUGGUGCCAACCGUUUCGCUUCCCGCUCUGUAUGUUCUCAACAACGGCCAUUUCGAAUGACUUUCCAAAGCGACAGUGAUGAGGUGACUUUGAAGGGGAAUAAUCUAGCGAUUGGUUUCGCUAGUGUUAAUGAAUUGAAUAAAAUUCCGGGCGGAAUCAUUGGUUUCAAUCUCCGAUGGACGCUUCAAAACUGCAUUUAAAAUCAAGCCUUGCUAACCUUAAUCGCAUCCCAUGUAUUCCAAGCGUGCUAUUUUUAUUUGUUCUGACAUUGUAAUGUACAUUUUUUUUAAAUAUUAUAACCAUUUGAUGGAAAAAUACAU